GCUAAACACUUUCGAACCUCAAAAUCUCUGUUGCCGGAGAUAUCAUUCACCAAAAACAUCAACUUGAGAGAGAGAGGGAGAGAGGGAGAAAAGAAGAAUUAGAAGCAAUGGAGGGAACAGAGGAAGCUGGUGCGGAGAUAGCGCUUGAUUCAAAGGACUUACAGCAACAAAGCAAAGCUUUCGACAAGCUUACCGAUCGUGUCGAGGAUCGCCAGCUCGAUUCAUCUCGUGUUCAAUCGGCUAUGGCUUCGAUUGCUGCUUCUAGAGAGGCUGAUCUGAAUGCUAAGAGAUUGAGGGAGAAAGAACUGGCUUCUGUGAAGAUCAAUCAUGCAGAUGUUGAAAUUAUUGUAAACGAACUCGAGUUGGAAAAAAAUGUGGUGGAAAGAACUCUAAGGGAGCACAAAGGGGAUGCAGUUGCUGCGACUAGGGAAUUGCUUUCUCGAUAUCCUCUAUGAUGCACCAUCCUUUUACUUCCAAGAAUUUUGUUUGUUUAAGAGGGUGAGAUCUCCAGAUGUUUGAAUUAGUUGAAGUUGUCUAUUGUUGAAUCAAUCUUUCGAAGAUGCCUUGAUAUAGAUACAAUGGUAUUUUGUAUUUCCUAUCUUAUCAUCUUUAUGUUAUUCCUGAUUUACUUGGUCUUGGAGCUGUAAAAAGCUUGUGGUA